GCAUAACGUGGUGACAUCACGGGGCCUGGCAGGCAAGAGGAAGCAGAAUAACAACAACGCCAGGGCGAGUGACAGUGACGGGCAAUCGAAGCAGUACAAUACUGGCCAACUUGUACAAUUUUUAGUUUUCCUCAAAUAGAAUACGGAAAGAUAACGUUGUUUAGUGUCUGAUAUUAUUCGAUCGAGACCCCCAGGAUGUCUUUGUUCGGAAAGUUGUUUGGUAGCGGAGGGAAAGCUGGAAAAUCCGCAAGCCCCCAAGAGGCGAUCCAGCGACUCCGGGACACCGAGGAGAUGUUGACGAAGAAGCAGGAAUUCUUGGAGAAAAAGAUAGACCAGGAGCUCAUGACCGCAAAGAAGAACGGCACAAAAAACAAACGAGCUGCCCUGCAGGCCUUGAAACGCAAGAAGCGGUACGAGAAGCAGCUGGCGCAGAUUGACGGGACGCUGUCCACCAUCGAGUUCCAGAGGGAGGCGCUAGAGAACGCCAACACUAACACCGAAGUGCUGAAGAACAUGGGCUUCGCUGCCAAGGCCAUGAAGGCCGCCCAUGAGAACAUGGACAUCGAUAAGGUCGACGACCUGAUGCAGGACAUCACCGAGCAGCAAGAGCUGGCUCAGGAGAUCUCAGACGCCAUCUCCAAACCCGUGGGCUUCGGGGAAGAGUUCGACGAGGAUGAACUGCUGGCGGAAUUGGAAGAGCUGGAACAGGAGGAACUGGACAAGAACCUGCUGGAAAUCGGCGGCACAGAGAACGUACCGCUGCCCAACGUGCCGUCCUCAUCGCUACCCGCCAGACCAGCAAAGAAAAAGGAGGAAGAGGACGAGGAUGACAUGAAGGAUCUGGAGGCGUGGGCCGAGGCCAUGUAGUCAUGGAAACGACGACCUCACCUGGAAACGCAAGGAAAGAACGGACUCUCUGGUUCAGUGCGGCUGAUUGGUUUUUUUUUUUUUGUCUUUUUUUUGGAGGAAUGCUAAAUUAAAAAGAAAAAAAAAAAACAGAAUACUCACGAACUCAUAGCUCUUCAUCUUGAAAAGCAGUAUAGUCGGCCAUUUGCAUUGUUAAAUUAAAAAAAAAAACUGAAAAAAGCCCUCGUCCCUUGGGAGAUACCCCGCAAAGCCGGGUCCUCUCUGCCCCAGUGUGUUUUCGUAUGAACAGCCACCCUUCUGAUAGGAAAGCCGCUAGCUGACGCUAGCGAACUGGCAGUAGUAUCAUUUGUGAAAGCAUAAGAGUGUAUUUUGCAGACAGUCAAGGAAAUUCAGAUAUAAUUACAGGCAGUUGCAUCUGGCAUUUUAUGCAAUCCCAAACUUUAAUGAUAUUUAACAUGCAAAAUCUGAACAAUUGGCAUCUUUUAGCCACAAGCUGAUACUUACAAAUGGAUCCAAGAUGAAAGAAAGAUUUACUAAAAGGAAAUUUGUCAAUGUUUUUUUUUUUUUUUAAACUGGCAACAUUUUCAUGAAUUUGUGGCAGAGACUGUGGGAUUUUACUGCUCUGAUGGUGAGCUGAAAAAAAUAAUAAAUCAUAAAUAUAAUCAUUCAAGCCAAAAAAAAAUAAUUUUGGCCCCAUAUCUGUAAAGUUCAAAUAUUUACCCAAACAUGAAUGCACAUUGGCUGUGGAUGGAGGUAAAAUGCUCCAAUGGAAAUGUCUUUCUCACCCUACUGUGAAAUGUAUCUGCUGAAAGCUUCUUUUGCCAGUGAUUCAAAUUCUGGUCUUCAAGCAACACGAGGACACUAAUAGCAAGCAGGUUGGCUUUCCCUUGGCUGUAAAUGACUAAUCUGUUCUUUUUUUAUUUAACUGGCUCUGUGUGUGUGUGCGUGUGUGUGUGUGCGCGUGCGUGCGUGCGUGCGUGCGUGCGUGUGUGCGUGUGUGUGGGUGUGUGCGUGCACAUGCAAAUUCGUAGGCACUUAUGACAUUGUCCUUACAUUUGUGCGUGUUCUGAUGUCUGUGUGUGUGCACUUCAUUGUUGUGUGCUUGAGAGCAUUCACAGGUGUGCAGGUGCUUUUGAGUGUGUGUGAGUGUGUGUGUGUGUGCGUGUGUGCAUGUGUGUUUCAUUCUCUUCCUCCGUGAAAUGCAUCGAAGCUCUAAAAUGCAGUGGGUGGUUCUGUACCUGUGGGUAGGGUGAAUCUGAAAGCUGUCCCAGGGUGCAAUACUUUGUGCAUGCCAGUUUUGAUUUUAAAUUAUGCUCCUCAAUUGGUGAUUUUUUUUUCUUUUCUCCCCUACAUUUUUGUAGUUCAUCCUGAUUCUUAAAGGUUGUUGUUUUCUAAUUUUCUAAUUUCCUCUCAAAAAUAUAUAAAGAUAUGUAUAUUCUGUUUGUAAAUCAUUUUCAGAGGUUUAGGAAGGUAUAAAAAUAAAAUAAAAUUAACAAAUGUAUGGCAACUCUAUAUUUAAAUGGACACGCGCUGAAAUACUUGAACUUAUGCAACGGUUUCUUUGCAUUCACUACUGUCAUUUUCAGUCUUUUUUUCUCCUGAUCACGUAUCACUUCUUUUUUUUUCUUUUCCUUGUUUUUCUUGUCUUGUCCCUCCCCCCCCAUCACCACCGGACCUUAUUCUAAUGGUACGCCUGAAUUAAACUUUUGCCAAAUGAUCCUAUCUGUUCCAUCUUGCUUUGAAUAAAAGGCAUUCUGUACA